AAGACAUUAACGGUGGGACACUGGUGUAAAGAUGGCAGACGUACCAGAUAAUGCUCUUGAACAUUGCCCAGGUACAACAAGUGAGCAAGCAGGAAAGUCUUCGUCAUGCGAGGGCUGCCCCAACCAGAAUCUGUGCGCUUCAGGAGCCACCAAGGCCCCAGACCCCGCCAUAGCAGAGAUAGGAUUGAAGAUGUCGACGGUCAAACACAAGAUCCUGGUUCUGUCCGGGAAAGGAGGAGUGGGGAAGAGCACGUUCAGCGCCCACCUGGCCCACGCUCUGGCCAGCGACAGCUCAAAGGAGGUCGCCCUGCUGGAUGUAGAUAUCUGUGGUCCAUCCAUUCCAAGGAUGAUGGGCUUGGAGGGAGAACAAGUUCACCAGAGCGGCUCAGGCUGGUCUCCUGUGUAUGUGGACGACAACCUGGCGGUCAUGUCUAUCGGCUUCCUGCUCAGUAGCCCUGAUGAUGCUGUGAUCUGGAGAGGACCCAAGAAGAAUGGGAUGAUCAAGCAGUUUUUGAGGGACGUUGACUGGGGGGAGUUGGAUUACCUUAUCGUGGACACACCCCCCGGCACCUCUGAUGAGCACCUGUCAAUAGUCCAGUACCUCAGCUCCACCCACGUCGAUGGAGCUGUCAUCAUCACCACACCACAGGAGGUGUCGUUGCAGGAUGUGCGGAAGGAGAUCAGAUUUUGUCAGAAGGUCAAGCUGCCGAUCAUCGGAGUGGUGGAGAACAUGAGCGGCUUCGUCUGUCCUAAAUGCAAGAACACGUCACAAAUCUUCCCUCCCACAAGUGGAGGUGCUGAGCAGAUGUGUGCGGAUCUAAAUCUACCUCUGUUGGGAAAGGUACCUCUCGACCCGAGGAUAGCACGGAGCUGCGACGAGGGCAAAUCGUUCCUCAGUGAAGUACCUGACUCUCCUGUUGCUAAAGCCUUACAGAGCAUUGUGCAGAGUAUCCAGGACUACUGCUCCAGUCACGUGACCGAGGAGCAGGGCGCCACCUGAAGACUCACUGUGCUAAAGAGGAGCCGAGAAGAUCAGAGCUCGUCCCGGUGUCAUCCUCAACGUCUUUGUAAUUCACGACAGUCGGCAGCUUGGAUAUUAGUUUGGUGAGCGGCUCAAAGAAGCACUUAGGCCCGGUUUUGAAUAUUGAUUCUUGAAUUACAGGUCGUUCCUACUAUAGAUGUAAAACUCUAUAGGAAAAAAACAGGUCAUGAAUACAAUCGUCUAUAUAAUUCCCCACAACAGCUGGGCAUUGUAGUUUAUUACCGAACAUUACUCUAACAGGUUAUUUAUUCAGCUAUAAAUUACUCGAGUGAGUAUUUACGGCAGCGGAAUAUUGUUUAUAGGUUUGACUCGAAAUAACCUACAGUGCUAAAUGAUAGUAUAAGAGGAACAUGUCACCCAGUGCAACACUGUGGGUUAAUAUACCCGUUUGUAAUAGAGGAAUAAAAUGUAUUGAAUCUUGA